AUGGGUAGGAACUGGAGUGCUUCGGAAGACGCCGAGCUGAUCAAAUUGACGAGGAAAUACGGCAAGCAGUGGGGCGUCAUCGCCAGCCACAUGAAAAAUAGAAGCCCUGCACAAGUUUUAGCCCGUUGGGAAAAAUGUCUUGAUCCCGUUAUAGUCAAGGGUCCUUUCACGGAGCAGGAAGAUGAACUCAUCAGGCAGUUUGUAAAAGAAAAUGGACCUCAAAAUUGGCCGAAAAUUACUUCUUUCCUUCCAAAUCGAAGCCCAAAGCAAUGCAGAGAAAGAUGGUUCAACCAUCUCGAUCCAUCAGUCAUAAAGCACGCAUGGACUCCCGAAGAGGAUGAAACAAUCUUCCGCAACUACCAGAAACUCGGACCAAAGUGGUCAGUCAUCGCGAAACUGAUCCCCGGACGUACGGAUAACGCCAUCAAGAAUAGGUGGAACUCGUCCCUCUCCAAGAGAAUAUCAGUACUCCCUGGUAAAAAGGAGGUCUUGUUACCUGAUAAAUCGAAGAAGAGAAAGAACGUCGAAGAACCUAAGAAGGAAGAGGAAAAAUCACCGGCAAAAGCCGAGAUACCUUUCGACCCAUUCUCGAUUCCAUCUCCACACUUGACAAGGAGCGAUAGUAGCCGAUUGAAUUCUCCUGAUACUCCAAUGAUGGGAUUCAACACGACACCGGGCGCUUUCGGAGGCUUGAUAAUCUCCCCAGUGCUUGCCGUGCAUCCAGUUGGUUGUUACCUUUUCUAA